AUGAGUGCGGUGGUUCUCCUCUUGCGCAGGGCGGCGGCGGCGCGUGCCCGCCGGGCCCUGGUGGCCUUCGCAGCGAGCCGGCGCCUGCUGCGCACUAGUCCGCCGAGCCCGGCUUUCGCCAAGGAGCUCUUCCUGGGCAAAAUCGAGAAGAAAGAAGUUUUCCCAUUUCCAGAAGUUAGCCAAGAUGAACUUAAUGAAAUCAAUCAGUUUGUGGGACCUGUAGAAAAAUUCUUCACUGAAGAGGUGGACUCUCAAAGAAUUGACCGGGAGGAAAAAAUCCCAGAUGAAACGUUAGAGAAACUGAAGAGCCUGGGUCUUUUUGGGAUGCAAGUCCCAGAAGAAUAUGGUGGCCUGGGGCUCUCCAACACAUUGUAUGCGCGUAUGGGAGAAAUCGUCGGCCUGGAUGGGUCGAUCGCCGUGACCCUGGCAGCACACCAGGCUAUUGGCCUCAAGGGGAUCAUCCUGGCCGGCAGCAAGGAACAAAAAGCCAAAUACCUGCCCAGGCUGGCAUCUGGAGAGCACAUCGCCGCCUUCUGUCUGACGGAGCCUUCCAGUGGGAGUGAUGCGGCCUCCAUCAAGACCAGGGCCACGCUAAGCGAGGACAAGAAGUACUACAUCCUCAAUGGCUCCAAGGUCUGGAUCACCAAUGGCGGACUGGCCAAUAUUUUUACCGUGUUUGCAAAGACACAGGUUGUUGAUUCUGAAAGCUCAGUAAAAGACAAAAUCACAGCAUUCAUAGUAGAGAGAGACUUUGGUGGAGUCACUAACGGGAAACCUGAGGAUAAGUUAGGCAUACGUGGCUCCAACACUUGUGAGGUCCAUUUUGAAAACACCAGGGUGCCGGUCGAGAAUGUCCUUGGAGAAGUCGGAGGCGGGUUUAAGGUGGCCAUGAACAUCCUCAACAGUGGGCGGUUCAGCAUGGGCAGCGUGGUGGCUGGGAUGCUCAAGAAACUGAUCGAAAUGACUGCCGAAUAUGCCUGCACAAGGAAACAGUUCAACAAGAACCUCAGCGAAUUUGGAUUAAUUCAGGAAAAGUUUGCCCUGAUGGCUCAGAAGGCUUAUGUAAUGGAAAGUAUGGCCUACCUCACCGCAGGGAUGCUGGACCGACCAGGGUUUCCUGACUGCUCCAUCGAGGCUGCCAUGGUGAAGGUGUUCAGCUCAGAGUGCCUGGCAGUGUGAGCGAGGCGCUGCAGAUCCUCGGGGCUCAGGCUGGCUACAGAGGACUGCCUGCAUGAGCGCAUGCUGACCGCCCGCAUCCUGCUCAUCUUCGAGGGAACCAACGAGAUUCUCCGGAUGUACAUUGCCCUGACGGGCCUGCAGCACGCCGGUCGCAUCCUGACCGCAAGGAUCAAUGAGCUUAAACGGGGCAAUGUGAGCACUGUCAUUGAGACCAUCAGCCAGAAGCUUCGAGACUCCGUGGGCCGAACCGUGAACAUGGGGCUGACAGGGAAGCUGGGAGCUGUGCACCCCAGUGUCGCGGACAGCGCCAGCAAGCUCGAGGAGAAUGUGUAUUACUUUGGCCGCACUGUGGAGACAUUACUGCUCCGCUUUGGCAAGACCAUCGUGGAGGAGCAGAUGAUCCUAAAGCGGGUGGCCAACAUCCUCAUCAACCUGUACGGCAUGACGGCGGUGCUGUCGCGGGCCAGCCGCUCCAUCCGAGUGGGGCUCCCCAACCAUGACCAUGAGGUUCUCCUGGCCAACAUAUUCUGUGCCGAAGCUUACUACCAGAAUCUCUUCACCCUGUCCCAGCUGGACAAGUAUUCUCCAGAAAAUCUAGAUGAACAGAUUAAGAAAGUGUCCGAGCAAGUCCUAGAGAAGCGAGCUUACAUCUGUGCCCACCCCCUGGAAAGGACGUCCUGA